AUGCCGCCGGUGGUGAAGAGCGCGCUCGCGUACUACGUCCGAGCGGUCGCGUACGUCUCCCUGUGGGCGGCCGCGUCCGUGACGCUCGUCAUGGCGAACAGCUACGCGAUCCGCGUCGACGAGUUCGAGUUCCCGAUGACGAUAUCCAUGUGUGGGCCGCUUCUCACGUUCCUCGUCGCCCUCGUCGCGGUCCUGAGCGGGCACACCAAGCUGACGCGGCGGAUGACCGCGGGGGAGUACGCGCGGACGAUGCUCCCCGUCGGCGUGUGCACCGCGUUCAGCCUCGCGAUCGGGAACGCCCUCUACCUGUACUUCGAAGUCUCGUCGGUGCAGCUCCUGAAAGCGUUCUCCCCGGUCGUGACCGGCGGCAUGCUCGUCGCGCUCGGGAUGGAUGUCGUCACCGCCCCGAAGCUGUGCGGCGUCGUGAUGAUGACGGGCGGGACCGCGCUCGCGUGCAGCGGCAUGACCGAGUUUAGCGUCGUCGGGUUCUGCAUCGUCCUCGGCGGCGAGCUCGUGGAGGGGUCGCGGAUGGUCCUGUGGCAGCACGUCCUGAAGACGAAGAAGAUGCCGAUGAUCGAGGGGUUGCUGUACUACGCCCCGGCCGCGUUCGUUUUCCUCGCGACCGGGGUGGCGAUCUUCGAGCGGGACGCGUUCUCGGAGUCGGAAAACUCGAGGAAGCUGUCGCGGAAGCCGCACUUGUACUUGGGCAUCGGCGUGCUCGGGGCGCUCGUCAGCGUCGGGACCGUGGGGGCGAUUCAGAUAUGUGGCAGUUUAACGUUCAAAGCCCUCGCGCAGGUGAGGAACGCGGUGAUCAUCUUCGGCGCGGUCUUAUUCUACGGCGACGACUUGACGAUCAGAGAGGUGUGCGGGUACGUCGUGACGCUGAGCGGGUUCACUUUGUAUCAGUAUUACAGGACGCAGGAGGACAUGAGGGAGAUACGCGCGACGGGGUACGACGCGAUCGGCGAGGGGGAGAAGGAAGGGUUACUAGCGAAGCAGAAGCGGGGACAGUAG